AGUACAAUUCUAAUUCUUUGACUUUUGUAAUCUGGGGUUUGAAGUGCAUUGCUUUCCAGUUUAAGCCUGAAGUUGCUUAGAAUUUUCAGGUAUUGUUAUGCAGGAGUUAUCUCCCAAAUGCUGAAGUUUAAGGGUGAAAAAGAUACACCCAACUGCCUGAACUGUUUAUGCUCUGGUCUGGGGAGAGACUUGACUUUGAAUAAGUACAUGGACAUUGAUGUGAAGAUUUUGAUGGAAUGUAAUAUGUUUCUGUAUGAACCUUUCUGAUCAUUCACACUCUAUUCAUGAUCUGGGAAUCUCAUCGCUGCUCUCUUUGUUUGGGCCCAGAGGUUCCUCUUCUGCUGCACUUACCCUGAAGACUGGGGCUGAUCAUGCUGAGAUUUGGGCAGCACCUCAUCAAGCCCUCCGUGGUGUUCCUGAGGACGGAGCUGUGCUUUGCCCUGGUGAACCGCAGGCCGGUGGUGCCAGGACAUGUCCUUGUUUGUCCCCUGCGGCCGGUGGAGCGUUUCCGUGACCUGCGUCCCGAGGAAGUGGCCGAUUUGUUUCGUACGGCGCAAAGGGUUGGAAAUGUGGUGGAGAAACAUUUCUGUGGCACCUCGCUCACCUUUUCCAUCCAGGAUGGCCCUGAAGCUGGACAGACGGUGAAGCAUGUUCAUGUCCAUGUGCUGCCAAGGAGGGCUGGAGACUUUAGCAGGAAUGAUGAUGUCUACGAGGAGUUGCAGCGACACGACAAAGAUGAUUCCCCUGACAAGUGGAGAACAGAAGAAGAAAUGGCAGCUGAAGCAGAAAUUCUGAAGAAGUAUUUCCAGGAAAAUUAGAGGUAACAAAGUGUUUGGAACACAUCCCAUGACGCCAGAAAGUCCCCAGGAAGAACGACCUCAUUCUCCAGUUCUUAGUGGCCCUGGAGGUGCAGCUCAACAAUUUUAUUAUGUUCUACAAAUAUGGGAUUCUUCCAUGAAAAAUUUUAUUGGACCUUUGGAUAUCAUCAAGGUUGAAUUCCAGCUAAGACAACUAAACAGCAGUGGUACAAAAUAUUGCUCUGAAUUGUAACUCAUAUUUUUCUGAAUUGUGUACUUGGGAAUGAAUCUUUUUAAAUUGUCCCUUGGCCUAAAUCGAAAUAAAAUGCCAGGAAAAUCAGGUAGAUACUGUGUUUAGGUACAUUACAAAGUGUUUUCUCCAUGUUGUGCUCUUUGAUAAAGUUAUUGUAGGUAGGCUAUUUUAUCAUAGAAAAAUUAGAUCUUUUAGCACUGUGGCAAUUCAUACAAACCAAGACUUUGUUACAGACUAGUCAAGAUAAAUUUCAAAAGCUGUUUUUUCUUUGGAUGGGUCCUAUAACAGGAAAUAUUAAGCUUCCUUAGAUCUUUCUUUUCUCUCUUUCUUAAUGCAUUAUGACAAGACUUCUGGACUUUUAAGUGAUACAAAAUAUUUCUGUAAAACAAUUAAUAUGUGAAGUUGCUCAUGGGAUAGAAGUAAUCACAUUAGGGUUAGACUGGCAUGGAUGGCUGUUCCCAGCCACAAACAACAAGUGGGAGCCUCCCACGGGGAACAAUCUCAGCAAGAAAUGCUGUGUUCAGAACCCUGCACAGGAAGAAACCCACCAUGGGUUAGCUGUUGAUUGCUAACACAUAAUACAGGAAAAGAAGUCAAACAACAGAUGGAAGAGAAAAUAAAUGAGUCCGUAAGAUUUGUGUGAAAAGAGCACCCAUAAUCCUCCUCUGGAACUGCAGGGAAGCAAACAACCAAUGCUUUCUGUGUCCCCCAGUCUCAGGAUGAAAAACAAAAUGCCCCCAAGUCUUUCAACAAGAGCCUUGCUGAGAGAGGCCAUAGGGUGCAGAGCCUACCCGAGGGCUUGAGGAGGUCGCAGCCAGGUCCAAGCCAGAGCCUGGUAGAGCUUUGCCUGCCUGGCAGCACAGUCUGAUCAUGUUCAGAACAAAUUCAACUGCUCCAUGAUUGUCUGUCCUGGAGGGUUACAACCUGACCUGAGAAGUAGGAAAAUGCACAAUGGAUGAGCUCUCAUAAUUUUCACCAAGUCUCGCUCUGCUCUGUACUGCAGAGCCAUUCAGUCCAUUGGCUUGAAGUCUUUAUGCUUGUCAAAUUUAAAUAGAAAUACUGGAGCAAAAUCACUGAUGUUUGAUUCCAGUUUUUACUGUUGUGCUAUUUAAAUAUUGCUCCAGAAAACCAGUUUGAUUCACUUACCAUGACCCAGUGUGGCCCCCAAUAUCUUCCAUUAGCCCUUUUAAAAACUGUACAGAUUGUAACACUAUUUCUUUUUCUGUGCAGAGCAAAUGAAAAGUCCAUUUUGAUGGUGUCUGCACUUUUUAGACCCUGAGCAAGGGCUGAAUAAACAGGAAAUGAAGGUCAGGGAGCAAGAAGUGACAGAGAAGGUAAGGUGAGCAGACAGAAUGGUCAAAGAUACUGGCAAAUGGGCCAACAUAAAUGGUUGUCCUUUUGCUCUUUAGCAUUUCAAGUAGCUGUGACUUCAGACAGAAGGAAGACAAUGGUUGUGCUGCUGGGGAACACUAAAAGAAAAACCUCAGCAUCAGUUACAUUUGCAAGGCAUUUUUAAACCUGGUGCUCAAUGGCUUCCUAUUUAUUAUGGAAUAUUCUGUAUUAAUUCUGUAGCCUGUGAUGAGCGGGCGCUGCGCCAACCAUUUUGCACGGGGGCUGCAGAGCAGAUGAGUGCUGAGCUCCAUGGAAGAUUUCAUUUGUGUAAAUGAGGAGGCCGUUAUCACAGCACUAAAGGUCCUGUUUUUAAAAAAAGCCUCCUGUGACAUUAUGCACAAAA